AUGACCAAGGCGAUUGAACCUGCAUCAACACCUGGCGUCUUUCGACCUGACAGCCUCGUUCAUCACACGUAUCUUCUGGAAGCCUCGGAAAGACUCUACAGACUAUGUUGCAAGGUGGAACGACCGACAAAAAAUGCAGAGCACUGCUGUCGGGGGAGCGCAUACGAGAUUGCGUACAUGCGAGAACAUCAACAGCUGCAGCGGGCCCUCGCGGCGAAUCGCGCCCUCGUUCAGCAGCUUUCUCAAGCCCGCGCUAAGGCAGCCUACUACGAGGAGCUGUGGACAGCCACGGGCGCCUCGCGCCAGAGGCAGAGAUUUGUCGCGAGACAUGGAUGUGGCAAUCGCAACGCACCAGCAAGAUUGGUAAGCCCACACGUCUCUUACCAGCCAGAUACUUGUACGAGCUCGGUUCAGCACGGCAAAGUCGAUUCGAUGGAUUCCGCACAGGUUUGGAUGCGUGGUGGAGAUGGUCGAUACGUUCUUGUCCCUGUCUACGUAACUAUGGUCACUGGUUAG